AUGCCGUUUAAGAAUCCAGACUAUUCAAAUAAACAACUGUUAUCUGGUUCAUAUAUGGGAGAAGGGGCUAAUAAAGGAAUGAAACACAACAGUUUGUGUUGUCGCCAGCCGCGUGCUGGUUCGACUACCUCUAUGUUUGUAAUACUCACGUUUGCUGGUAUUUUUAUUGCUAAUUCACUAUCAGUUAGACCAGCUAUGGGAGGAGGUUACUCUGAUCUUAAUGUUUUAUUUCACGCCAAGAACACUGACAAAUAUUCCGAAAAUGGAUAUAAUAUAACAGUUAAGAAAGAAAACUUUCCUGGAUGCAGUAAUUUUGUUGUAUUUACACAUACUAUAACAUUUACUAAGGAAGAAGAUAAAUUAAAUUACAACGUUUUAUUAUAUGAUGGUAAUACAAUUAACAAGGGCAACCGUGUAUUCGGUUAUUAUUAUCCUAGAGAUAUUAAUCAAGUUGUUGAAGAGUUAAAAAUUUAUUAUUUUGUUUUAGAACCUAAUGUCCCUCUGGUUGUUUCAUUUAAAUGCCCAGGUAACAUAUACAACUGUUAUUUCGGUAAAUUGAAAGAGGCCGGAUGGGAUCGAGCUUAUAACAUAACCAGUUAUUCCUUUGGUAAGGAAUGUGACAAAUCCCAUUUGCUAGCUGAACUAAGGACGAUGACUCGGAACAAAAAAAUUGGAUUUACAAUUGGGACGGACAACGUUGAUAUUUUCGGCAUUAGGCAGGAAAUAAAAGAUAAGAACUUCAGAUUUAUUUUUAUCCCUAAAGGUAAAAAGUCACUUCAAGGAAAUCAAUUAUUAUUUGCCAUCGACUUUGAUAAACAAGUCCCCAAACUUUCUGAUACUUCUGAUGACAUAAAAUCACACUGUUCAGGCAUUUUAAACCACGUUUGUAAGAAUUCAUCAAAGAAGGAAAAUUGUAUGAGUCAAACAAAAACACAAUAUAGUAUACAAUACAAUUUCGAAUUUAAACACAAAAAUGCCAUUGACCCAUAUUAUCUUAAUUCAGUUAAUGGGCACUUUUUUGAUGGAAUUAUGGUUUACUUUGUUAGAACAAGUGACAGGCCUCCACAAUCGUCUUGUGAAAACGAAGAAGACAAUAAGUGUAUGGCAUUGCUUGUGGAGUUUGUAGAUUCCUGUAAUUCCAAAAUACACAUAAAGAGAAAGGAUAAAGAAGGUUAUUGGUGGUCUAAAGAGAAAGUUGAUUACAAGGAUGACGAUACUUUGUUAAAAAAACUGAAGGAAAUAAAAGAGCAAGCCCAAAAUGAGGUGAACACUGUCAUUCUUGAUAAGAAAGAAAGGUACUUGGGGGUUGAAAGUGUUGAUCCAAAGGAUAUUGUAGUAUACAAACAAUACACAUACAAGUUUAAAGGUGCUAAGAAUCCUAAUAUCAUAUAUGAUAGAAAAGAUCCAGGUAUCUCAGCAAUCCAAUCAAGCACGAUAAAAUCACAAAAUGUUGAAGUAUACUUUCUUAAAGCUGGUGGAAAAGAAGAUAAAAAACCAUUUUUAAUCGUAUUGGAUCAGAAUGGUCAACCAGAAAAUAAGAAGAAAGCAUACUACUUUAAACAUAAAGCCUCAUUCAAAGAAUGGAAAGAAUUUACUGAUUUCAACAAAUUACAGGACAAAUUGGACAAAAUAUCAAAGUAUGGAAAGUGUAUUCAUAAUUUAUCAUUACUACAAUGGUACGCUUAUGAGAUAUUAACUGGUAAAGAUCCUCCACCACAGAAACCAAAAGAAGAAAAAACUCCAAAUAGACCAGAUACAUUUAAACCACCGCCAAAAGAAAAAACUCUACCUAUUCCAUUGAUAGCAGGUUGUAGUACAGCAGGAGGAGUAUUUGUAAUUUCUUCAGCAGCUGGUUAUGGUAUCUAUUGGUACAACACAACCAUCAAACUCUUGACAUAG